UGUAUAAAAUCUUACAAACAUUUUUCGAAAAAAUAUCUUUGUGUGGUAUUCUGUUGUAUAAAAUCUUGCAAACAUUUAAUCUUUGGUGAAACACUUGAAAAAAAGAUGGAAACUAGCACCAGACCAAGCCGAAGCGAUGCACAUUUGUCAAAGGAGGAAGAGGCGAAAAUCGAAGGGGAAACAAGGGAGUACUUUGAUGAGUUAGCACCGAGACGUCACACUAAACCACAACGUAGCGAGUACGCGACUCAAUACGUUGAUGCCAUCCCCACUGAUCAGGAAGAUGGUGUUAUUCCUGAGUAUACCGAGUUUCAACACCUUGAACAAAACUCAGAGAAGCUGGAUUAUCAAAGUAAUGAAGUGAGAGAGGAGUUUGUGGAGACAGAAUAUUACAAAGAUCUUAAUGGUGUGGACAAGCAACAUCACACGACAGGAACAGGGUUCAUCAAAGUAGAUGGCACAAAUGGGGCUGCCUUCAACUUAGGUUCUGAAUCCGAAAACACUCACCAUGCUUCCAGCAAAGGGAACCCGGCUACUAAUGAGUGGACUCCAGCACCAGCUGAUACGGAUUCCAUUGUAUCCAACAAACCUCGCAGGAGCGAAAGUUGAACUGGAUUAUUGAUGCAAAGUUUGUGAAAUGGCAAAUAAGUUUUGUGACUGUGUUCCUUGUGAAGAUUUCCAAAGGGCUUUCGUGUGUUGCUGAAACUAAGAUGUGUUAUGCUAUUGAAUAAUAAUGCAUUUAGUAGUAGUAUUUCGAUUUGCUUUAACCUUAUGCAGUAGCCAUGACUAUCCAUCGCAAGUAUGUAACGAAAGAAGGCUCUGUUUCUUUUAAGCCACCAAUUGGUUUAAUAAUCCAUUAUUAGAACCAUCUUAAA